AUGGGCAGCUUCACCGGCUUCUUGUUCGCCUACAUUCUGGGCGGCCUGACAUUCCUCCCUCUCGUCGUCGUGGCCGUCCUUGCACACGCCCACUACACCCUGCCCUACCGACAAGAUGUCGACGCCGACCGACAUGACCCCAACGCCAUCGUCCAGCCUGACGACGACCUGGCCGGCCUCGAGGGGGCGAGGACGGCCCACAAGGCCAAGACCGAGGCGGAGGAUGCUCCCAAGAGCAGGUCGACGCAGGACAACGAGGUAGCCUCUGGCUACUUUGCCGUGUGUCGAGAGUACACGCCCAUGGGCAUCAACGCCCGCCCCAUCGAGCGAGCCACCCCCGUCGGAUCCGCCACCGUGGCCGCCCCCAGCCAGAGCGUCUACCAGGCCAUGUAUCGCAGCAUCUUUGACAGGAAGCAGGGACCUGGACCGCUCGAGACCAAGGCCGCCGCGAACCAACGACCCAAGAAUGCCGGCAAUGUCUUCUACGUCGUGCUGAGGCACGGCCACAUCAUGCUGUUCGACGACGAGGAGCAGAUCGAAGUGCGCCAUGUCGUCUCGCUGGCCCACCAUACCAUCAGCAUAUACUCGGGAGGAGACGAUGAUGUCGGCGCCGACGGCCAGUUAUCGAAGCCCUUCUAUCUCUUCUCCGAAGACGGCUCGGCCAAGGAGGACUUUUACUUUGCUCUCCUUCGCCAUCAGGAGCAAUACUCCGAGAUGGACCUGGACAAGAAGGCACCCAAGCCGCAGCAAUUUGACGUCAAAAACAUCAUCACCUUGGUACAGAAGCUGCAUUCUUCAGAAGACCACCAACAAACGCGCUGGCUCAACGCCAUGAUUGGGCGCGUCUUCCUCGGCCUGUACAAGACGGCCGACUUGGAGCACAUGAUCCGCGAGAGGCUCACCAAGAAGAUAGCCCGAGUGAAACGACCCUCCUUCCUGACCAACAUAGUCAUUCGCAAAAUCGAUACAGGCGAUUCAGCGCCCGUGCUGCUGAAUCCGCGACACAAGGAUCUCAGCGUCGAGGGGGAAUGUGGCAUGGAGGCUGACGUGAAAUACAACGGCAACUUUCGCAUGGAGGUGGCUGCCACUGCUCGUCUCGACUUGGGCUCCCGCUUCAAGGUGCGCGAGGUCGAUCUCGUCUUGGCUGUCGUGCUGCACAAGCUUGACGGCCACGUCUUCUUCAAGAUCAAGCCGCCGCCGAGCAACCGCGUCUGGUUCUCCUUUCAGACUAUGCCCAAGAUGGAGAUGACCAUCGAGCCCAUUGUCAGCUCAAGACAGAUCACGUACACCCUCAUUUUGCGGCAGAUUGAGCACCGCAUGAAGGAGGUCAUCGCCGAGACGCUCGUUCAACCAUAUUGGGACGAUGUCCCCUUUUUCAAUACGGAACAUAAAAAGUGGCGAGGAGGCAUCUGGCAAGGCGAUGACGCCGUCGUUGUCUCACAUAGUGUGGAGACAAACCUGGCACAAGAAGGAGAUGUGGAUACGGUCAAUCGUUUGGAAGAAUCCGGCGAUGUUGACACGGCUGACCUAAAGCCUGUCGAGAAGAGCCACAGCGCUCCCCUAUCGGACAACGUGCCACCGACAGGCCUCCUCGGCCGGAAGCUGGCAGGAAAGACAUUGAGACCCUCGACAGCUGGUGUGUCGACGGGUAUCGAGCCGAACAGUCCUACCAGCUCACGUCCCAAGACUUUGAGGUCCAACUCGAUGUCGAGCCCGUCAGACCCUAUCGUGGGCACCGACACUGCCCACGCUGAUGUGUUUAAGCCGUCCUCGCCACCUUCGGAUAACGCCUCGGCCAUGAUGGCAGCCCUGUCGGCCCGUUCCAUGGGCUCAACCGGGCAGACACCCACAGCUUCACCAGCGCGUCCUGCAUCCUUGGCCAAGGACACCGACCCCUCGUCCCCGUCUUCACGCGAGGACACGGACAACGAGAAAGAGACAGAGAAGACGCCUGUUGCAGCUGGUCGUCGUAGCACUGCCUCCUCUCUUGAGUCUGCGGGGCCUGUCGAAGACCCCAACAGCUCAGCUGCCUCUUUCGCGUCUUCGCUCAAGGGAUCCGUGAAGAGCAAUGCUGGCUCGCUCAGGAGCAACGCCGGCUCAUUGCGGAGCAACCCGGGCUCCCUUACAGGACUCUUCCGCCGCGAUACCGCGUCGGAUACUGCAAACAGCAGCUCUCAGGGCGAAGAACAAAAUCAGAAGCGGGUCACGCUCGCCGCCGUCGCGAACGCGGCCACACAGGCAAGGCAAUGGGGCUGGAACGCGAUACAGAGGCACAAAGAUGCAAGGAAUGGCAUCUCAGGAGAAGCGGAGCCCCCGUUAGAUCUCAACAAACCGAUGGGUCGGGGCAGGCCGCUGCCGCCGCCCGGGACCCCGCUCCCUCCUCCUGACAGGACGCAAAAGGUGACUCCGAUACCCGUGCCGUCAAAACGGAAACCGGAGCCCACGCCAUCACUGCCCGAUCGCCCGCAUUCAGAUGACAGCAUCAACAGCGCAGGCGAACGGAAACCCCCCAUGCCAUCGCGAAGACACAGAGAGAUACGAGAGGAAACGGGCAACAACGACCUGUUCGUCGUCGCGGCGCCGAUGGAGUCGGAACCCUCCACCCCCUUGAACGAGGACAUGACAGACUACACCAGUCGUGCGCCAACUUGGGAGGCAGGGGUGCAGGAAAUAGGAUCUUCCUUGGGCCAACCACGUAUGACACCAGACGAAGAAGACCACGCUACGCCGAUGGUGAAGCAGAGAUCAACCACUGGAUUGACCAAUUCAGCCAGCCGCAAGGCCGACAGUCCUAUCGAGGCGCGGCCGGCUCAAGUACUACUAGAUGAUGACGAUGACUUUUCCGGAUGGCUGGACAACACCGAGGAGGAAGGCGGCGAAUCCGAGGCGCCGCUUGCUGAAGCGAAACGAGAUCUAGCUGCGGUGCCGGCUGAGCUGAGGAGUUAA